AUGAACUUUUUAGUGCAAGCAUUAACAUAUCCUUCUGACGAAAAUGAGAAAGUCGAAGUUUGGACGUGGAUUCUUAGCUUCGUCUCAUGGUGUGCAUACACCGUUGGAUUGACAUGUGCUUCUGCUACUUUUACCCAUUAUGUAUCGCAACAAGCAAUUGGUAGGUUCAGUUGGUUGCACGAAUGCUCUUCACCCAAAGAGAAAAAGAGUGACUUUGCGCAAAGGAAAAAAACCCUCAUCCUAAUUCGAAACAAUUUACGCUCUACCUAUUUUCUGGCUGGUUUUUUUUUUGGAAAUUGUGCUUGGGUUAUCUACAAUUCAUUAGGCUCUGGUAUACCUGAGAUGAAAACGAUCAUUCGUGGAGUGAGACUGAAGGACUAUCUUACUUUUCCAACACUGGUGUCGAAAGUUGGUGGUCUUGCUAUGGCGUUGGGCAGUGGAAUUCCCAUUGGUAAAAUGGUAAGCUUGCGAGCAUUUGAAUUCUUUCUAUUUGCUUUUACCCUUCACCAUCAGGGUCCAUUUGUACAUCUCGCGUCGGUGGUCUCCAAUCAGUUGGCGAUACUCGCUUCGAAGUUUGAUUCUGCAUUUGCUAGCGAAACAAGGCGAACUGAGUGUUUAGUGGCUGGAUGUGCUGUCGGAGUUGCCUGUACAUUUAGCGCUCCAGUCGGAGUUACGGUAAAUGCGUUUUUUCAAACGAGUUUCUCACCGGAUGCCUUUGUUGUUGACGAAAUUCCAUUAUUUGUUCUACUUGGAAUUGUAUGUGGUGUAUUAGGUGCUUUGUAUAUAACUCUUUAUCGAAGUGUAGUUAUGUUUCUACGAAACAACAAGUACGCCAAAAGGAUGUUUCAACAAAACUGGAUUGUUUAUCCCGUUUGCGUCUCAUUUGCGUACAGUGUCGUAUCUUUCCCUCUUGGUUUGGGAAUGUUCUCUACGGGAAGAGUACGCCUUAGUAUUUCUAAUAAUACAAACUAUAUGAUCCACGCUUGAAU